UGCAGAGUGCCUACAUACCAUCAGUGAACUACAGCCCUCCCUUGACAGGGCUAGGAGUGCUAGUACCAACUGCUUGAGACCAGAUACUAGUUUGCAUUCACCAGAACGAGAAAGGGGUAGAUGGUCCCCCUCCCUAGAGAGGAGACGACCUACUAGUCCCAGGAUUCAUAUCCAGCAUGCAUCUCCGGAGGAUGACAGGCAGUCCAGAAAAGUGGAAAGAUAUAGCAGCCAAAAACAAACUAGGAAAGGCUCCGCAACUGAAACAGAAAGAAUACAUCAACAAGGAAGUCCCACACAGUCUCCUCCUGCAGACACAUCCUUCAGCAGUCGCAGGGGAAGACAGCUACCGCAAGUUCCAGUAAGAAGUGGCAGUAUAGAGCAAGAGGCUGGCAGCAAGAAGCUAAAGAGCACGAUACAGAGAAGCACAGAGACAGGAAUGGCAGCAGAGAUGAGAAGUCGCAUGGUUCGACAGCCAAGUCGGGAAUCCACUGAUGGCAGCAUAAACAGUUAUAGCUCCGAGGGCAACUUAAUAUUCCCUGGAGUACGGCUGGGCGCUGACAGUCAGUUUAGUGAUUUCCUUGAUGGACUUGGACCUGCACAGUUAGUAGGCCGACAAACAUUAGCAACUCCUGCCAUGGGUGACAUCCAGAUUGGAAUGGUGGACAAAAAGGGCCAGUUAGAAGUAGAAGUCAUUAGAGCCCGCGGCCUCAUCCAAAAACCUGGCUCCAAAUCUACCCCAGCUCCAUAUGUCAAAGUGUAUUUAUUGGAAAAUGGAGCAUGUAUAGCUAAGAAGAAGACAAGAAUUGCACGGAAGACCCUUGAUCCUUUGUACCAACAGACACUGGUUUUUGAUGAAAGUCCACAGGGUAAAGUCCUUCAGGUAAUAGUUUGGGGAGACUAUGGCCGAAUGGACCACAAAUGCUUCAUGGGAGUUGCCCAGAUCCUUCUGGAGGAACUGGAUCUGUCCAGUGUGGUAAUAGGCUGGUAUAAAUUAUUUCCACCUUCAUCACUAGUGGAUCCAACCUUGACUCCCCUGACACGCAGGGCUUCCCAGUCAUCUCUGGAAAGUUCAACCGGGCCUCCCUGUAUUAGAUCAUAGUAGCAGGUGCUGUCUGAUAAAAACAUCAUCCAGGACAACAAUUGGAACCAGAUAUUCACAUGAUCAAAAAACACUGUUGGAGAGAGACAAUCACUUCUGUUUUCGCGUGUAGUAGUUAUCCAAACAUAUGUCUGUCUAUCGAGAGAUGGCUUUAAGUGACAGAACAAAGGUAUAUCACAUACGGCCAAUCUAUUAGCAGCUAUCACAGAUGCUUAUAAUGACCCAAACAAAAAAAGAGAAAAGAGAG